GCCGCUGCGAUGAGCAUAAUCAAUGCCAAGGGCGACGGGGCAGAGCAGGACAGACAUGCCUCUCACUUUGGACUUGGGGCCGAUGGAUGGGCACGGGCAAGGGAACUGGCACGAGCACAAGGAGUCGGCGCCGAACAGGAUCGCUACGGAUCUCAUUUCAGCAUCAACAAGAGUAGCAUUGACAAGGCGGCACAGUCAAUACAAGAUGGUGCGAAGGACGCUGCGGAUGGGCUGAGAAAGUAAACGAACACCAGAAAUCACCCCACAGCCUCGGUCAAUAGGCAGCUGGCGACACCAAUUCUUAUGAAACACCAACAUUCCUGACUUCGCUGAUAAAAGUGACAUCAAAAUCUAUGCUUAAAAAAUAUUGUAUCAAAAUUGAGAAUAAUAGUUACGCCACCUGUUACGAGGCCGAAUAAGACUUAUGAGCAACGACAAGAUCAAAAACAUUACAAAAGUAGUAAUAUGAUUCUGGGACAUGCCUCAUAAGAAGGUCUACUAAUGUAUCGUGACAUGGUCUGUCGAUUCUAUUCCAGUGUUACACGCAGUUUGUCUAGAUAAUGUAGAGGUCGACAAUCCAUCUUCAAA